GGAGGAGGGCAUCUGCGCUUACUGUCUAUCCAUUGGCUCACUGACCUGUCAUUUAAGUUGAUUGACAGUGACGAAACAGCGUCUGACGCAGCCUAUUCCCGCGUGGUGGCGACAGAAGCUAACCCUCAAUAAAUGUCAGUGAUGUGGACCGUGAAGGUGGUUGGCCUGGGCGUGGUGGCCCUCUCUCUCAGUCUGGAGCUGGUUGGCUGGCUCCUUCGUCGCUUCAGGCCUGGAAGAAUCCUAAAUGAGGUCCUCUUCUUUCCCUCGAAGAUGGCCUGUGUGGAGCACAUCUUUGCUCCUUCUUCACCUCAUUCCUGUUUUUGCUCACUGCCUCAUGGCAUAGAGACCUCUUUCUCCCGUCUACUGCGACAUAUCCUGUCUGCUUCCUCCUCUCUGGACUUGUGUGUCUUUGCCUUCUCCAACAUGCACCUGAGCAGGGCUGUACUAGCGCUGCAUAGCAGGGGCGUUACCAUUCGAGUCCUCUCUGACAAGGACUACGCCACCAUCCCUGGCACACAGAUAGGGGUCCUCCGCAAGGCCGGUAUCUCUGUGCGCUGUGAUGUGUGCUCUGUCUACAUGCAUCACAAGUUUGCAGUGGUGGACGGCCGGCUGCUCAUCACUGGCUCCCUCAACUGGACGCUGACAGCAGUGCAGAGCAACUUGGAGAACAUCCUUAUCACUGACGAGCCAGACCUGGUGCGACCCUUUAUGAAGGAGUUCCACAGGUUGUGGGUGCUCAACGAUCCAGCCCGACAUCACAGCCCGACUGACCAACAAUCUGCUCAUGUUACAGCUGGAACUCAAGACUGAUUAACUGUGAUGAAUACUGAAUCAGAGCUCAGGAAGCUUGACUUACAGGAUGAAUACAGAUUUUUAUCUUUUCUUUUACCUAUCGCUUUGGAAGACAUGUUUACAUUAAAGUGACAAUGUUACUGUUCAAGAUGAUGACACUUUGUUUUAAUUAUGUAUCAUAAAACCCGUCUCCUCAUGGAUGACACUGUUGUGUAACUUACCAGGCUUACUCUGCAGGCAAGAGUUCCUGUUUGAUUUAGUUUUUGCUUGUAUUUUACUAAAACAAAUGCCUUUUGUAGUAGUACUGCUUGGCACAAGCCUAAGAGGAGGAUAACAUACACAGAAAUGGUUUUGGUCAAUUUUCAAAGAGCAUAGUUCUGUUCAUAGUAGGUGAGAACAUUUAAUUUUUAAUUUAGCCUAGAUAAUACCUUUACUUCUCACUUUAUGGAUAAUUCAAACUUACACUGUAAAAACCCACUGUAUUGUUCUGGGUAUGGUACUGCAAUCUCAGGGACUGCGUUUUGCCAAGCGCCAAUAAAAACCCUCCUUCACACUGCA